CGAGCUCAUGCCGUCUGUCCGCGCGGCUGACCGCCUCCCUCCGCUACUCCCGGGUUUGCUUCUGCUGUUAGGCCCUCCUCACACGGGGAUACUGAAGUUGCUUAGAUACCGCGAGACUCGGCGACCGAGCGACUCGUCAUGUAGAUAGGCAUGGCGUCACUCAGACGGCGAUACUGGAGUGGCGGAGACUGGAAGUCGUAAGCAACGUAAAUCCCGGCGACUCAGCAUGCUGGUCUCCACGCUACUCCAGUAGCCUACGCGGCGCGAUACUGUAUUGUAGCGAACAAUGGGCGAGCAGGCGUUUAAUAUCAAAUUUGUAAACGAAGUUGAGAAACACCCAGAACUCUAUAACUACAAGUUGAAAGGGUAUUCAAAAAAGGAUGUGACUGACAAAGCAUGGAAUGAUGUCGCAAAAGAAGUGCAACUCACAGUUAACGAAUGCAAAGAAAAAUGGAAAAAUCUCCGUUCAGUUUUUGUCCGUCACAUAAAGCCACCUCCAAGUGGUUCAAGUUCCAAAAAUAAGAAACCAUAUUAUCUAUCGGAGGCAAUGAAAUUUACCCUACCAUUCAUAAAAACGCUUGGUACACCAUCGGGGAAUUUGCCAGAAGUCAUCAAUGAACAAAACCUGGAACACAGUUCAUCUGACCCAACACAAAAUACGGAAGACGUUGCGGCUGAAGAGGAGGAAUAUAUCUCAGAUAACGCAAUACUAACUACAACACCACAACUUUCCCUUCCUUCACCUAUGCUGCCAAAUACUGACUUCUCGCAAGAACAUGCUCAUCAUUCCCAACAAAUGACUCAUGAUCCCUUUUCCAACCCAAAAGAUAAUUUAUCAAAGCGUAAAAAGCAAACAGUGACGGAAGUGGACAAGUCCUUUAUGGAAUACAUGAAUGCAAAGAAAAGGAAACUUGAAUCGAAUUCAAACGAUGAUAGGCAAGUAAAAAAGUCGUUUCUUCUAAGCCUUUUACCAGAAAUCGAACCUUUGACAGAUGCACAAAUGAAAUCAUUCCGACGUAGGGUUCUGCAGCUUAUUGAUGACAUCACGAAUCCAAAAGACAUGCACCAACACGUACCAGCUUACCAACAGACCCCAACUUACUCCUACAGUGUUUCCACGCAUUCAUCGUUGGCUACAGAUAAUGCUUCAAUUUGUUCGUCGCCUGGAAAUCAAACUAUUCCACAGAAAGUACAAGAUACUGAAACGCAACAGUAUUUUGAAGUCAUCCAAGAGACUUUACAAUAUGAGCAGGAACAUAAUGUGAUGUGAUGUUUUGUUGGGUGUGUAAACAUAUAACUUUGGUGUACGUGUUUUUAUCUCUAUUAUGUUGUUUAUUUUUGUGUUUACAGUCAUGAUUUGAAUGUUUGUGUAAUGGGUAUUCUUUAAAUAGUUUAUAUAUAUACAUUUUUUCUUUUGCAGUACAUUAUUUGAAUGUGUAUUUCUUAGGUAUAUUUGAAUUAAACAUUGGAAUGAAUUUAUGCAUAAGAUAUGUUUAUACUUUCACCUUUCAGUUGACUGGAAUACUUGGGUAUAAAUAACUUUAGAUUAUUUAACCUGUUAACGUUAAAGUGCACAUUCUUAAGAUCCAUACAACAGCCAUUUUCCACAGAUAAAAUAAGUAAUUGCGGCCUCAAGUUAAAAUGCAUACAUUGUUUUUAUUCGCCAAGCAUCAGUAUAUACGUUAAAAUACUUGGAAAGAAAUAGAUUUGUGUUGAAGGGAAACAUUUAGAAGUGCCUUAACAAAAAUUCGUAAUAAUUUGUAUUUCUUAACUUACUUACCUCAAAGUUAUCAGCAAUCGUUCACCGGGGCUCACGCAUUCCCUCAUAGUGGUAUCCCUAUAAUACAUCGCAGGUGUAACAAUUUCCGUUAACAUUUGGUAAGUCUCCUUCGUCAUUCUGUAGAAAGCGAUGAAUUUUGAGUCUGUCUCUUGCAAUUCUUUGGCCGCGACAAAUAAUCUACAAUUAAUGUUCCUUUCUAUAUAUGGAUGAACCCACAAUCUUUUCCUACUUCGUUUUCUAUAAUGUUGAUAAUAUUGGAUAACAAUAUCACUAUCGUCACUGCUGUUAUCACUGGACAUUACAUACAAUAUAUAGGCACUUCACGGUUCCACAAGAUACUCGGGCUGUACUCACGAUGCAUUUUUUCCUCCCAGUCUCUGAUAUUUUAGUAGCGUCGUGUGAAGAUAACGGGCGACUAGAGUCACCCAGUCACACAGUUGCCUAGUCUCCAGGCUACCAGCGAUCGUUUUGUAGGCAACUUCAGUAUCCCCGUGUGAGGAGGGCCUUAGGGUGCCGCCUGUUCGGGCGCUAAGGGCGACACUAGCUCGCGCAUCACACGCCUCUUCGCCUCUACGCCUCUACGCCUCUACGCGCCAGCCACAGAACUAGCGUGCAGUCUUCGCCUCUAUGAGACUUGUAGCAGUGACCCUAUCAUUUCAUGAUGAAAUAAUAAAGAUAAAGGCUCCCUGCACGUGCCUAUACCACUUAACCAUAUUUGUGUUGAAUUUUUCAAACCUUAAAAUGUCCGUGAAGACACCCGUUUUAGCCUUUUUAACUGUCCAAAAAAUACACGUUCUAGACGAAACCAUGGAACGAAAUACGCAAUGGCUCUUAAAUGCUAUUCGUAUAAGACAAAUGUAAUACAUCUCGAGCAGUAUAUAAAUGGCGUGUUAAAACCUGGAGCUGUGUACGUCGCCUUCUGACAACUCGGCCAAACCCGUCUAGUCAGGGGUGCACUUGUGUUAGUGAGGCGGGUUGAUAAGUGCGACGCUUACUGCUGCUAAACUAGCGCGCAAUCUUCUCGUCGUGCAUAGGACAACUGUGAGAUUUGAGCGGUAACCAUAACAGUAUAUGACGGAGAACUGAAGGUAAAGGUGUAAUCAAAGUCACUUGAGAGCUUUCAGUAAUCUGUACCGAAUGUUUCAUACCUAAAUAUUACUCUGAAAACAAAGAUAGGAAUUUUCACUCUCCUAAAAAUACAGCUUAAAAAACUAAAAACAGAGCACUCGGAUAUCUAGAACAGUUUUUAAAUCACGUGGUGUUUUUCUGAAGUGGCAAUCUAUUUGUGCCCUUAUGAGGAUGGCUUCUUUAACUUUGUGUUUUUUUCAUCAUUUAAAUGAGUCAUAAAAUUGUUUAAAAAUGGUUUAAUCGAUUUAGUGUUUGUUUUUUUAAGACUUCAAAGCUCAUUAUAUUUUUGCUCUAGCAUGUUGAUUAGUUAAUUUUUUGUCAUUACUAUUAAUUAUUGUUGGCUUUUCCACAAAUUUAUCACGAUAGCUUUUUUGCAUUUUAUUUUUUCGUUUUAAAUUCUCAACAGAUAUUAAUGAAAUAUUAGCCAAAAGUAGUAAAGAGUCACGUAAGUAUUAAAAAUUAUGAUAUUUUGAGUAACCUUCAACAGCUCUAAAAUAACGCUUUUUAAAUAUCUGGUGACAUAAUUUGUGUCUCAACAUCAAAUUCAAGAGAGUUAUUCGACUAUUUACAGAAAAAUAAAACUGACAGAAAUGAAUAAACCCAUUUGUGUGUGCCAACUUUAUUAACCAAAUUUGAUUACCUCGUAACUUAAAAAAUCUUAUUAAUUUAUCAGGUUUAUAUAAAAACCUAAUUGUUGAAUGUUUAUUAAUGAAAUCUUUAAAAAAAGUAACUGGUAGUAAUUGGUUUUACGAUAAGGGUUCCAUAGAAACAUUUAAUCCAAAACUGUAUAAGACAUGGAUACAUGCCAUUACUUAUUAUUAGUAUUAAAAUAUAAAUCCUAACAUAAAAUUAACACCAUUUAAUAAUCACUUAUUGACUAUAUAAAAGUAAUUGUAAGAAAAACUGCCACCUCGCGUUUUUUUCCUAAAACAUUUCUUCUCAUUUACAUAAUUAAGAUUUACUUACAGCUUGCGUGUUUUCAACAGCCGUGCUGUGUACGCUAACUUGUACAAUUUGCUAUCGAUAACCUGGUUGGCAUUGCUGUUUUCUUUCUUAGUAAGCUGUUGGGUAUCUCAGCCUUUUCGCGGCAUGAGCCGUGUUAUUUGUAACCAGUCGAGAGUAAUUUUUGAAAUCUAUACCUACUAACAUUAAAACUAUUUUAGGUAAAAAGUCUGUUCAUGGAUGAAAUUUUGGAAAUAAACUAUUGGAAAUGGGUAUUAACAUUAUUUAGCACUAAAUAAUAUAUUUUAAUUUUGUUUGUUGGUCUGUUUUAUGGCUUAAAAGAUCAUAUCUCUGAAACUAAUCAAGAUGAGAAAAUAUAUUAGGUGUCAAUCUAACAUAACGAAACAUUCUAAAAACCAUUCUAAAACCAGUUUGCUUACUUACCGGAGUAUAUUGUAGGGAUGCGUGAAGCAUGGCUUGUGGGUUGUGCAGGAGUGAUAAUGAAAUGGGAUGAAUUUACAUGAGGAAAUAAUGAUAAGUAGAAUUUCAUAGAAAUACAUCUUUAAACUCACAUGCUUUGGCCGCAACACUUCAGCCUGCCAUGGGGCUUAUCCACCAGUAUUCAGUAUUUGUUCGGCACUUAAAACCAAACGGGAACUGGAGGUAACUCAAAGCAACACACACAAA